AUGCUUGGAGGUUCAGUUUCCGCAUUGAAGUGGUGGCCGAUUCACAAACUACGGAAAAUUGAUGCCGUAAUAUUAACACAUCCGCACGCUGAUGCGAUAAACGGACUGGAUGACCUAAGAGCUUGGACACUACACGAGGUCAUCCAAGACUCCAUUCCAAUUUAUCUCACAAAUGACACUUUGGACUCUGUCAAAACAUUGUUUUCAUACUUGGUAGAUUCGAAACAAGCGACUGGAGGAGGAGAUUUACCAAAGUUUCAAUGGCACUUGAUAGAUUCGCAGACACCUUUUACAGUCGAGGGAUUAGAAUUCACCCCUUUGCCCGAGCAAGCAAUUGACACAACGAGAAAUCUGAAUCCGAUACCAAAACGAACCUAUCUUGUAGGAUUUUCUCAUGCCGUAGAGCAUUACGAAUUGAUAGAGGAGUUGAAGAUGCUACAAGAAAAAGAACCCGAAUUAUGGGUUCGACCAGCGCACGACGGUUUAAAAGUUGAUAUUGAAGUUUUAUCGGUAUCAGAUUGGUCCGCAUAA